CACGGACCAUACCGGCCAAAAAUUGCCAGCCGCUCAACUCACCGCCGCAAAACAUGUCUGCAGAAGCACCAACCCUUCAUGUGCCGCACCAUCCGUGGCGACUGCAUCAAGAAAUGCCGCUAAUUUGGAUCCUUAUCAUAAUUCAAUUUUUAUUUUGCCUUCUUUUUAAUCUUAUAACCAAUAAUUUCCCCCAAUAUUGCAGAAACCUGCGAAGUGAGAUUGGUAGCGCACGAAACCAUGGCACUGCUGCUCCACGGUUUGUCGCUGAUCCAUCUUCCUCUGUCUAGCGUCGUGUUUUCGACUCUCCUCCACAGUGCCUGAAAUCCAUACUCCCUCAUCCACGGUGCGUGAAAUCCCUAAUCUCCUAUCCACCCUGCGCCUCUGUGUGGUUGUGGAGUCGCGCGGCUGCCCUCCGUCCUUCUCUUACCGGCGUCGAACUUUCCCAUCUCCUCCAUGGUGUGUGAAGCCCUUAAACCCUCCUCCCCCUGCGCCAAUCUGAGCUAUCGCGGCCUCUCCCCUCACUGGUUGCGGAUUAUAGCAAUGUCAGUCGUGCCGGUUGAUAGCAUCCCUUCGUUGAAUAGUGAUCUCUUCUACGACAUAUUACGACGUCUUGAUGGCCCUACCCUAGCUAGUGCAGCAUGUACCUGUGCAGCGUUUUGUUCCAUUUCAAAAGAAGAAAGUUUGUGGGAAAAUGUGUGUUCAUCUGUGUGGCCUGCAACCAACAGGAAAGAUAUCAAAAGCUUAAUAUCAUCCAUGGGGGGAUUCAGAAAGUUUUAUGCGGAUUGUUUCCCACUUAUAGUAAACAAGGAAGUCGCGGAUUAUCAAGAGAAGAACUUUCUUGAGUACCCGGAUGAUUGGACCGAGGCAGAAUACUAUGGUGAUAUGAGUGAGUUCAAAAGCCUCUCUCCAUCGGAUUUCAUCUCUGUAGUCGACAUUAGAUUUAAAGAUAAGGCAAUCUGCUCGAAAGUUCAAUGGGGUGUCGGAGUUCCAAAUGCUAAUGGAUAUGAUGGUUGGUUCUACAACUGCCCCUUUAGGAUUGAUCUCCUCACAUAUGUCGGAGUUCCAAAUGCAUUUUAUAAGAAAUUAAAUGACUCCUCACACUGAUUAAGUUUAUAGACAGUACUUUAACAUAUAUGUUUUGAAAGAAACUAUUAAAUUUUAUAUAAUUGAAUUUUCAUAUAA